UAUUGUUUUGAAAGUUUGUGCCAGUCUCAAAUGUCCUUAUUGCAGAAAUGGAGAUUUGGGAAAUUCAAACUAUGAUGUAGAUGUAACGGUUUAAAAUGACUUCGUUAGCCGAUCGAGAAGCGACAAAAAGCGAUUCAGAGCAUUCGGUAAUAAUUUUAGACAAUAAUGACAGCGAAGAAAAGACGAGUUCGGAAGAACCCGAAGAAACGUCAGAAAAAUCAGAUAAUCAAGAGCUGAGAGAAGAACUAAGAAGACUUAAAUGUGAAAAUGAAGCAUUAAAAAAUGAAUUGAAGUGUGUGGUUGCAUUGUAUGAAGAUGAUUCUUCAACUAAAAUGCCACUUAUUCAAGUUACAUUUAAGAAUGAAGCCCUUGCACAAAAUUACAAAGCAGAAGUAGAAACAUUCCUUCAUAACUUGUUGGCUAAAGAAAAUGAUGAAAAAUGUUCAGCUCAAGAUGAUAAAACCUUUCAGCUACAAAUCUAUCAAGACUUUUGCAUUGAUAGUGUACCAGACCUUAAUGACAAUGAUUCAGAAGUGUGGGAUAUUCCAUUAUAUAAUCAUGCAUAUAAAGAUAUUCUUGAUCAAAAUGGAAAUUCAGAAAAAUUAACUUUUAUUCGUUGUUUUAAUUGCCUUGGAAAUCACUUUUUGGACAAAUGCCCAGAAGCUUUAGAAAGACAGCGUAUUGCAUAUAACAGAAAAUUUUUCUUUGGAAUUAAUAAUAGGUGGCAAUGUUUAGACAGAAAAGAAAUUGAAUUAUGUGCACAGAAGUUGUGUGGUGCACUGGUAGAAUGCCAUUGAGAUUGUGAUAAAAAAAAAUAAACAAUUGAAGGAGUUUGGUGUUAUUUUAAGUAUGAUGUGCAAACAGCAAUAGUCCAUGAAAGACCAGAUUUUUCUCAUAAAAACUUAUUAUAAAGUGCACAAAAACAUCACAGAAUUGCUUUGCAAGUGGUCCACAACAAUCAUGAACUGCCCAAAACCAUCUCAGUGUACAAUCAUGAACUUAAUACAGAAAUUUUAAGAAACUGGUUCUGUCUUUGGUGCCUGUAAGGGAAUUGUUGGCUGAAAAGUUGCUUUAAGGACAGAAUUUUGGGUCUAUCAUAAGGCCCCAAAAUCAACUGAUGACCUCAAAACAGUCAUUGUUAAUGCUUUUGAUAGCUUCCAUAGUGAUAUUUUGCCAAAAAUCAUCUAUAACUAUUUCAUGUAUCUUUGUCAUGUCAUUGUAUCUGGAAACAGUUGCUUCGAAAACCUCACUAGUUGAUUGACGUUUAUUUCAAGUAGACACUUGAGCAGUUUACCUUUGUAUUUGUUACUGUUCUCAUUAAAUAAAUUUUUUUGUUUGUCUAAACUUUAAAUACAUUCCAGUAUUUGUAACAAUAUAGAUAAUUCAUGUUAUUUAAUGAAUAAUUUUUACUUUCUCAGCAGUUAUAUAUUGUGGUCAUAAACACAUGGUGAGUUUGAUCUAACAAAGAGAUACACAUAUAUUACAAUAAGAAACAUUUAUUAUUAUCGUUUAAUAAGAAACAUUUAUUAAGAAAUGUUUUUUUCACCUGUAUUUUACACUUAACCGGAUUCUUUCAGAUUCCAACAGUUCUCAUUCAUGUUCAAACAAAUUUAUCAGAUAUACAGGCAAAACUGUUAACACAAAUCUCGCGACUGAGAGAUCGACUGAAAAUAUUCGCCACAGUACAAAGAAAACUUAUCUAAUAACUUAAAAUCUAAUAACUUAAAAACUACUUAUACUAAAAAGAAAGAAAGAAAGGAUAGAAAAUAGGACAUGUAGAUCUAUAGUGCUAGAAAAGAAUGGGUACCCAUUAUAGUUGACGAUCAAGGUGGUAGUGGUUGAAUGAUAUCUUUCUGGAUGGCGGGGAACGAUGUAAGUAAAAUUCGAUCAAAAACUUUCCUAUAUCCUUCCAGAGGUCCUUAUAUCAAGAUACUCGAUUUCUCUUGAUUGCUAGUCUUAAUUUUUCGUCACUUUCUCUCUCCAGCCAAUGCCAAAACGACCUGGAGAACGCUCCGAUACAUCUUCUCUCUUCGACAUCCCAGCAAAAAGUGAACUCAUGUGUCUUUUCUUUUGCCCUCUGGACUACUACUUCCUUUUGUCCACUAACUAGGUCACCCACCACCUACACUUGGGAGAAGUUUCUAGGAAGUUAUAUCAGUGGUGUGCCGUCAUUGGAAGUAA